CUUUCUAGCAUGAUGCCCUUUUUCAUCCACAUUUGUGUUUCAGGUGUAGAGAGGAGAGAGAGUGAACAGGGAGCGGGGCUUUUGUCUGUUGGUCUCCCUGGACUGAAGAGAGGGAGGGUGCAAGCCCAGGACUGUUAAGAUUCUCGAAAUGGCUUAUUACCCGGAUCUAUUUGUCUGGGUCAGUCAAGAACCAUUUCCAAAUGAGGAAAUGGAAGGAAGGCUCCCCAAGGGAAGACUUCCUGUCCCAAAGGAAGUAAAUCGCAAGAAGGGCGAAGAGACUGCUGCUGCCUCCCUGACUCUGCUUGGCGGCGAAGAAGUCCUUCCCCCAAGAAUCAGUUACCUCUACUCUUUUUAAUCAUAACACCUCCAUUUGUAUCACAUAUGGUGUAUGGGUAUUGAUGAGAUCAUGGUAUCAUAUAUGGGAUUUUUUUCUGUGUAAAUCAUCAAGUAUAAGAAGAAACUAUGGGACUCUGAGCCUUGCUUUAGAGAAUUUACAGUGGACAAAUAGGUAUCAUCAAACAGUUUUUAAUCAUUCUGACUCUGGUGAAAACGCUCAGAAUUUCACACUGUGAAUCCACGUUUACAACCCUUACAGGUGGGCCUUCAGGCCUGGUUCGCUACAACAAUGUCUUCCACAACUCAAACUCCUACUGCUCUCACACAACUGGUCCACUCCUGCCUUUUCACUCACACAGCUCCUGACUGCUUCUGGCAGAGGCUGAGAGUCCCCCUAUUUUUUUUUUUUUAAAAUUUUUCAUUUAGAUGUAACAAGCCUAGUAGUUUAUGUUCAUCGAUUGUCUGUAUAUCUCUAUAUUUUACCCAUGUACUCUUUUGAUGUAUAGAAGUAGUUUGAAACUCAUUGUUUCCUUGUGGUAAGUGACCGAGAUGCUGCCACAGGACCUGAGACACUGAUGAAUGGUGCUAUUUUGGACUUUCAACAUGCUCCUUGGCGAGGUAGCUCUGAUGGAGUUAUUUUUUAUUUCCAUGUUCUAAGAAGGUGUUGGUACUUUGUUUCCCUGAAUGUUGUUCUCUAGACUGGAUUGACUUGUUUUCCUUGUGUCUUCAGUGUGGCUUUCUUCUUCAGUGUUGUAGGUUAAGUAAAUGCUACCAGAGAGUAAGAGACAGCUGUCUCAUGAGUUGGCCCUCAGAAACGUGCAAUCGCUGUAGCGGGAGCAAUCACAAAACUGUAAUUUAUUUACCAAAUCUCCUUCUUUCUGUAGCCUCGCCUGCCUAACUGAGAGGGGAAAAAAAGCAAUAAUUUUACAGGCAUUUUCAGGUGAAUGUUUGGGUUCUUUUUUG